AUGGCAUCAAACAACAUCGUGGUCCUCGGUGCAGGAGUCAUCGGCCUCACCACAGCAAUGCUACUUUCGCAAGACUCCAAUAAUAAGAUCACAGUCGCCGCAAAGCAUAUGCCUGGAGACUACGAUAUUGAGUACACUUCACCAUGGGCUGGUGCCAAUUAUCUCCCGGUCGGGCAGGAAGACCACAAGAUUGGACAAUGGGAAAAGGCGACAUGGCCGCACCUUCAAGAAUUGGCUCAAAAUUGCCCAGAGGCGGGGAUUCAUUUCCAGGAUACGAUUUGCUACAAUCGCAAGAAAGACCAAGAUUCAACAACGGGCAAAUGGUUCGCAGAACUAAUUAAGCCGAAUCCAUGGUACAACAAAGUCGUUCCUAACUAUCGUGAAAUACCUGCAAACGAGCUCGCAGACGGCAUCGACAACGCCAACAGCUUCACUUCCGUCUGCAUCAACACAGCCCUCUACCUACCCUGGCUCGUUGGACAGUGCCGGAAGAAUGGAGUCAUAUUCAAACGAGCGAUCGUUGGCCACAUCUCUGAGGCAGCGGCUCUUCAUCAUUCCAAGAAGAAGGCAGACAUUGUCGUUAAUUGUACGGGUUUAUCUUCUCGUACUUUGGGUGGCGUCAAGGAUACUACUCUGCUACCAGCCAGAGGCCAGAUUGUCCUCGUGCGAAAUGAUCCGGGGUUGAUGGCUACUAUCUCUGGGACUGAUGAUGGAGAGGAUGAGGCUACGUAUAUCAUGACCCGGGCUGUUGGAGGGGGCACAAUCCUUGGCGGAUCCUAUCAAAAGAAUAACUGGGAUCCGAACCCAGACCCAAAUCUAGCCAUUCGAAUCAUGAAACGAUGCAUCGAGCUCUGUCCAAGUCUGGUAGGUGUAGGGCAAGGAAUCGAAGGAUUGAGCAUCAUUCGACACGGCGUUGGGCUUCGACCACUGCGCGAGGAUGGCCCGCGGAUCGAAAGGGAAAAAUUCCAGGAUUUUUGGGUUGUGCAUAACUAUGGACAUGCGGGAUACGGGUAUCAGACUUCGUUUGGUAGUGCGACAGAGGCAGUUGAGUUGGUGAAGCAGGCUUUGCAAAAUGGAAAGAGGGCGAAGCUGUAA